UGUCUGUAAAUGUAUAUACAUAUGUAUAAGAGGAGCAAAAUAAAUUCUGAUUGUAUGCAAAGUGAGGGUCUCUCUAUAUACUGUCAGAAUAAACUACAUCAAGAUAUUCAUAUGAUUAUAUUUGUGUAAGAUGAAUUACGUCUUUUUCUCUUGAGGAGGAGGGGGUGGCGGAGGUUUCUUGUUUACCAAAUAUUUAGGUUUAGGCAGCGGAGAGGGAGGUGGAGGUUUUUGUGGAGCAGUAGAAGAAGGGUCUCUAUUAGGAAAGGAGGCUAACUUUAACGAUUCUGGUUUGAAUGGAACUGGAGGAAUGUAUCUUACAGGAUGCUUUAAUGUCGUAGCGUUUUCACUAGCUUUUCUUUCAUUUGAAGCCGACUCUAAGGGCUGUGCAUCUACUGUACCAGAACUCGGUGUCAUUCGAGAUUCGGAGUUAGAUUUUUGUAAUAGAGAAGGCGAAGGAUCUUUGUUUGAAGCGAAUGGCGAAGAUCUAUCUAUAUUUAGUGAAGCUGUGCUGUGUUCUGUAUCAGCUUCAGCUUGCUCACAAGUUAUCAACCCCUCUAGAGGAAUGGGGUAACGGUUUCCUCUUUUAGCGCCAGACGGAUAUAUAUGUAAAGAUCUCGUAAAUGGAGGUGGUGGUGGUAGUGAACCUUCAUCUGGAAAUACAACACUAGAUGAUUUCGUGGUAGUUCUAGACGAAUCAAAAGUAGGUUGCAUACGUGCUGCCUAAUCUAUGAGCAGUCGGAGAUCUAGGCAUCUCCUGCACUCGCUGUACUCUCUAUUAGAUGAACUUCUAUGUAUAGAUAUUAACACAAAUAUAAUCCGUAAUGGCUUGCGUCUGUUAUUUAAUGUCUACUAACCUACAAUACAAGCUACGAAAACAGAUUAAUUAGUAUAUGCCUUUCUCCAAUACCCACGGCCGCUCUGUCGCGUUGAAAUAUCCGGUAUGGUUCGAGUAAAUAAGAUAACAAAGUGUCAACGUUACACGGUCACAAUUAUGUGUGAAUUGAAAAGGUAGAUAAACGGUUAUUUCUCAAAUAUUGAGAAAAAACUAAAUCCUUUCCUCGGUGUACGAAACUGAAGAGACGGAUACCGUCUACGUUAGGUACAGUACAACUGGAUCAUUUGUAAAAUGAGGGUUUGAAGCGGUGCCUGCCGUCUCUUCAAAUGCCUCCUGAUGACGAACAAGAUAGAAAGGCUACUUUUGGCGAUUAAGUUUGCUUUAUUGUACUUGUCAACGCUAUAUGUAAAAAAAAUACACCCGAGGUGGAACUGCGGAUAACAGGGCGCUCUACCUAUAUUCCGGAAUGAAUACAGGUCACAAAUAUAAAUGCCUAAGGGUCGUAUUUUUUUAGCAGCAAUUUAGGCUUGUUGGCUUUGACAUUACGACGAACAGUAUAGAAAUACCCUGUUCCAGCCAUGGAAAUUAACUUGACGACGAGAGAUUUGGCCUUUGAUUUGAUCACCAUCUGAACCGAACUUUAUGAGAUGAACUGACUAGCAUAUAAAGAAGCAAACAAAAAACAUAAAAAAAUAACUGUAUUGGCAUUUCUUGAUUAGAAAGGAGAGUAUUCAUUUUAGUCCUUUGAUUCAAAUACACGUAGACUUUUUUCUACAUAAUGAGGGCUGUUUCUCGUGCAUUGCUGGGGCGUAGCAGAAAGUACUGUACUUCGACCAAAGACUCUUCUAAAUGCACCAACACCGAUUCUCUAGAUUCAAUCAAAGAAAAAAAGUCACUUCUCGAGGCUGCUGGCUCUUCUAAAUAUGCAACUUGGCAUGCUAGAAAACAAGUUUUGAUGAAACCCAGCUAUGGAAUGGCCCUUGCUGCUGGCUUGACCAUUGUGCUAACCGGGUGUUCUGUGCUUCAAGUGUGGACUGAUCCAUUUCCAAACCAGUCUGGCCUUGAUUCCAUCUUGCUCAUGCUAAACAGCGAAGAUCUGGAUUUGAUCGAUGCAGGUUUAAUUGGCCUUAAAAAUAUUCUCAAUACCAAGAGAUUCGUUUUUUCCGGAACAGCUCCUAUCGCUUACGGCAACCACUUGAUUGAAAAGAACGUCAGCUCCCUGGCCGAAGCUCUGAUUCACGCAGCGCAAAAAGUCACGUACGAUAAUCGAUGGAAAGCACUCUCUUGGAUAGACAAGUUUGCCUGCCAAAGCUCAGCAUUUCGUCAGGAGUUGGUCCGACAAAAUUGUAUAGAUUGGCUUGUCGAACUUGCCACAGAAGAAGAUUCCACUGAAAGCGCAUUCAAAGAGUGGUAUAUCGCAUCCCACGUUCUAGUAAUGAUCUCUCGGGACCCUAAAGCGAGGGAACGCAUACUAGAGAGGGCCAGUAAUGACAGUUUCGAGACGCCGAAGCUCAUUGAGACAAUGGAAUCAAUAAUAAACAGAAAGUCUCCCCUAACACUGUUGGUUAUGUCAGAACUGUACGGCUACUUUGGCGUCCGUAAUUGCAUUCAGGACGUAUCUGGAAACCUAGGUCCACCGCUUUUAGAAACGGCACUGCAACAAAUCUUGCCACAGACAAUUUUUACGUCCAACACACUUACAGGUGCAACUUUGACGUCAAGUAUUCUGUUCUCGGCCCUGGGCGGAUUUUGGGGGACCAUCCGGUGGAGAAUUCGUCUCAUGGUAACUCACCUUCGGGGAAGCCAGGCGCUUCAAUGGGUUUCCACUCGAAAAAUAGGAAGACCUAUGUUGAUAGCUUUUUUGACAGAUAUGUUUGUGCAACGUCUUCUUACUUUUGCCUCCUCCGAAAAAUUCGAGCUUGACACCAAUAAACUCGCCAAACUGCAAGAACUGGAACAAAGAUAUGACGUCUCUAACAUGGCAUUGACCAACGUCGGAUUAAAACUAAAUCAAAAACUAAAAAAUCUGGACAUCGAACAAAUCUGCUUGGCCUCAGCUCUAACAGUCGCAGAAAAUGCUGGAUUUGGCGUCUUUGCUACUUGGCUUUUAUUAACUCGAAGAUACGCUUUCUUCCCUCUCUUUGCGGCCCUUACAUACAAUCACCUUGCCAAAUCAGCAGAGACCAUGCCUACAUUGAAAAAGGAGCUAUUCGACCCUGUGAAUGACCUCGUUACCUCCUCUGCAUAAGCAGGACCAAAAGAGAACUUGUCAUCUAUCAUAAGCAGAUUGUAUAUUGAAAUAAAAAAUA